AUGCGAGUGGCGAUAUGGUAUGUCAACUGGCUCGAUGUAUGUCAUCCGGAUUUAACAAAGCACAAUAGUGGUGGCGGCCUUGGCGGCCUUACUCUGGCGAUAACUGUCGGCAGGUAUUCGAGCAUACCGAUUGAUAUCUACGAAGCGACCGACGACAUAGGAACAGUCGGUGCUGGACUCGCCAUAUUCAGGAGGACAUGGACUGUUUUCCAGCAGAUUGGGAUAGAUAUAGAGAUGGAGAAAAGAGGUUAUAUUUCGGCUUGUAGUUCCAUGUACGUGUCAUACACCAGCCACCUCUUAUCCAACGACUCAUGUGUUCUUAUCGUCGUAGAUGGUUAUGUCGGCCUCACUCGCAAUGACCUCGUCGACAUGCUGAAGGCGCUUCUUCCCUCUACCUGCACGAUCCACACAGGCAAGCGCCUAAUCUCCUAUACAACCUCUGAUGACAUUGUCAAGCUCGUAUUCUCCGAUGGAACGUCGGCGAAUGCGAACAUCCUUGUUGGCGCAGACGGGAUUAGAUCAACCGUCCGAGCCCAGAUGUUUUCAUACCUUAAGGAGAGACAAAGCCUCCCGAAGUACCUGGAGCAUGACGACGAAUAUCGCAGGACUGUAAAUCCAAGGUGGACUGGGACCCAAAUAUAUCGAGCAUUAAUACCUGUGGAGAGAUUGAAGAAUAUCUUUCCUGACCAUCCUGUAUUGACGUCGACAGCGGGAGCUUUUCUAACGCGAAACAUAAUCUCUAGUUCAGCGCAUAUCAUGGCCUUUCCAAUCGCACGCGGAGACCUUGUGAACUUUCUAGGGUUUGUAUCCCGACCCGUGGAGGAGGGCGUCGCACUCGAUCGUAAAUGGACAGCGGAAGCGACAAAGCAAGAGGUUCAGGGUUAUUUCGAAGGCUGGGAGCCUGCGGUACAAAGUCUGUUAGCGUGCCUGGACCCCGUCUUAUCUCGCUGGGACUUGCAUGUCAUGGGAAAGCUCCCACUCUGCGUGGACGGUCGAGUGGCAUUGAUAGGAGAUGCGGUACAUGCGAUGAGCACUAAUAUAGCUGCUGGUGCGGGACAAGCAAUGGAGGAUGCAUAUAUCCUAGGUCGCCUUUUGGCACAUAGCCAGAUGACACUAGAGACUGUGUCUGUGGCGUUCGAAGCAUAUCAAGCAAAGCGCCUUCCGUUCGUGAACCAGAUCAUUGAGAACGCGAACGAGGUCGGCCUCAUGUAUGAAUUCAAUGGACCGAUAUACAACGGAGAGGAGCGACGUGACAAGGAGAAGAUGGAUGAAUGGGCCGCCAGGAUCUACAGUAUGUGGGAGUUCCAAUGGGUUGGAAGCCCCGAAGAGGACUGGGAGGAGGUAAAGGGAGAGUUCGAGCGCCAUAUCUCCCAGAUGAGCAUGAAGUAAGACUAGUGGUCAUAAUGUUCAUGCUCUCGCUUUUCCCAGUAAAGCAUCAAAUAGAUGAUUAGCUAU